GCGAAUACACUGCCGAGUUCUGGGGCACCUUCAUACUUGCGUUCUUGGGAAAAAGCGCCGUAGCCACAGCUACUUUGAACGUCAGCAACGCUGCCUCUGGCUGGCUCAUCAUUUCGUUCGGCUUUGGCACCGGCUUUAGCUUUGGGUAUGUACCUGUCGGCAUCGAUUUCCGGUGGGCACCUGAACCCUGCCAUCACCCUGGUCAAUGCACUGUUUGGCAAAGUUCCCUGGCGCAAAGUACCUGGAUACAUGUUCUCACAGCUGCUGGGCGCAUUUGUAGCAACUGCUACCAUGUACGGUGUAUUCAAGUCCCAACUAGAUAUGUUUGAUGGUGGCAAGCGGCGAUUCCAGGGCCCGACUGGUACUAGUGGUAUCUUUGCAACAUACGCACAUCCCGAAGACAGCAAGUUCUUCUCUGCAUUCUCUGAAAUUGUCAACACAGGGCUUCUGGUCGCUGGUAUUUAUGCGGUCUGUGAUGAGCGCGGAACACCAGCCACUGGCUUCAUGCCCAUGGCGGCUGGCGUGGCGAUUUUUGCUGUUGCCUGUUGUGCAGGCUGGGCCAAUGGUAGUUCAAUGAACCCAGCGUGUGAUUUCGGACCACGCAUAUUCUCGACCAUCCUGUACGGAAAAGCGCCGUUCACUGCCGGUGGCCACUAUUUCUGGGUGCCACUGUUCAUGCCGUUUGUUGGUGCAGCCUGCGGCGUGACAUUUUACGAGUUCUUUAUCCUCAACGAGCCGGUCAAGAAGAGGUGGAGCUAGUGAGUGCUUCAUAAUUCUAUCUGUCGAGCACUCAGAUAGCUGUAUCAUGUAAAACACUGUGCUUUUCUGACGACCAAUGAGCCGCGCUUGGUCUCAGGAAGUGCAAUUCCUUAGGGUGCUGUUAUCAGUUGUCAUGUGAGGGGCAUAUCGGCCACCACCUGGCGAGUGUGCAAAGGACUACACACAUCACUUUCUAUUAUUACUUUUCUAUAGAUUUCAAUAUAUAGCGUGCCGACUGGUUACUUAGAUAAAACA